AUGAAGUUCACUUUCGCUGCUGUUAUCUCUGCUAUUGUUGCUGUCGCGGCAGCUCAGCAGAACUUGCUAAGAGACCUACAGGUCGAACAAGCGCCGAUUGCCCUCCUAACGUCGUCUGUCGCCUUUAUGCCAGUGGAGCCCGCACUUGCGGUUAGAGAAGGGGCACUAUCCAGGAUGUUCGGAUUAUCUCGAUGGUCUUCAAGUGUGAACAAGUUACAGCAAGAGACGAAUCGCUGGAACGAAAGAUGCCAAGUUUCAUACGAGAGGUCAUUCUAUCGGGUCGACACCAGCUUUUCCAAAACACGAAAGCCUCUCCCAGGGUAG